UUGAAGCUAUACAAAUAAAAAUUGAUUGAUUGAAUUGACCCCCGACCUGACUCACAUUUUGAUGAAAAAAUGAUGAUCCAUGUGCGUGACUCAAUUUUGUUUUAGCAAUAAAACAUGUUGAGGAUCUCUUUAGAGAGAGAGAGAGAGAGAGAGAGAGGGGGCAUUUGUAAAUGUUAGGUCACAGAAGUGUUUCCUUUAAAAAAAAACAUAAUUUCUUUCACUUAUUAAAACACUAAAUAAUUCUAGAAGCUGUCUGCUCCUCUUGGUAAAUGCACCAGGUCAUUUAACAAAGCUAUGAUUUCACUUUUUUAAUCUCAUAAACUUUGAGAACUUUUCACAUUCUCACACUAUUGAAAGACGUUAGCCAUGACCUCUGUGGUUCACGGCCGACGUGACACAUCAUUUCCUUCAAAACAACAACCCACUCCCUCUUCGCCCGACUCUUUCACAGAAAUAUUUAUUGGUGAUGAACUGUCAGUCUGUCUUUUUCUCUGGCUUAUGGUCAUCAUGUUUCAUCCAAACCAAGCAGCUCUGCUCUCCUUAUUAUUUAUGCACGGGGUCUUUGCAGCGGAUCAAAAAGUCGUCCACACGGAUGAAGAGGUGUCCAGGGGAGGCUCUGUCAUCUUUACUUGCAACACAUCAAGAGAAAAUACAAAACAAAUCAACUGGAGCAAAGGCAGAUUUUUGUUUUCUCAUUUAAUGAAAGGAAAUGAGACUGUUUCAAAUUUCACCUCUGACAGACUGACAAUAGAUCUAUCCUCAAAGCUGAUUAUUUCUAAUGCUCAGGAAGAUGAUGAAGGACUAUAUACAUGUCAUUUAACUGAAUCUUCAGGGUCAAAGACUUAUCGGUGGAAUCGGUGGAUUCCUUCUAUGUGGCAUCCCUCCAGCUGUUUAUCUCUGCAUGGAAAGCAAGAGCUGGGCCUCAAACCAGGACUUAACCUGCAGCAGAACCCUGAUCUAUGCCGUGGUUCAAGUCCCGUUUGGAGGAGGAGAGGUGCCUCUGAAUCUGCCCCAAAGCUGUGUGGAAUACAAGAUGAUGAACACUUGAAGGGACUCGACUUCAAUAUUUUGCAUUGAGUUCAAAUUAAAACUGAGUAACCAGAGAGCUGCUUGAAUGGAAUAAUGACAGAACACAUCUCUAUGAUAUAUAUAUAUAUAUAUAUAUAUAUAUAUAUACAAUUUAUAUAUAAAAAAACAAAACAUUUCAGCAGGAAAAUUGAUGCCCUCAGUUUUCACCUCUUAAAGGGAACACAUUUGCAACCCUUCUUUGAAAUCAGAACAUUUUUUUGGCAUGCCUUUGCCUUUUAUUAGAGGGCCCUGUAGCAGGAAUGUAAUUUCUAAAUCCCGUCAUAUCAUCUUAUUAUCUAAUUCAAUUUUCUUUUUACAUUGCUGUACUCUAUUUUUUCAGAAUUAUGAACUCUUCUUAAAUGUUUUGUUCUAUUUUAUUGUGGUUCUUGUGGCUAACCCUUUUGCACCAAUACACCAAGACAAAUUCCUUGUAUGUGUAAAUGUACUUGGAAAUAAAAAACAAUUCUGAUUCUGA